ACGAUCAGACUAGCGCCAGAACAAAAAGAAGUGGCUGAGUGGUGACCUUCUCCAAGAGAGAUGGAGUCGGGAGGACCCACCUUCGUCACUGGGGAAAUCGAUGUGCUGAAUAUCAUCCGAGCUUUGGACCAUCGGAUUCCACUUCCGAUUGGCCAUCUGCUCUCGAUUUCUGAACAGGCUAAUGAGCGAAUGUUACAACACAGUAAGGCGAAUCGAAAACGAUUCGCCCUCGCUCGAACACCGAACGUAAAGGCUAAAGGCCCCACGCCAGAUGAAAAUACGGUUGGCACGUCGGAUCCAAUACGGGUAGGACUAAUUCAGAAAGACGAUCAUUUCCUACGGAUUAAACCCAUCCCUUGGAAAUUUGCGAAAUGCGAUAUUGAAAUAUGGGGAAUUCCGUACAAUGCAAUCAUUGAUUCAAGAGCUGCUUUCCUGGCUAUUUCCCUGCGAGUAGUUGAGAGGGAAGGUAGGAGAAACUAUCUAAACAUGCUUACGGAAAAGGAUCAGCUCGUUUCGGUAGACGAAGAAAAGAUCAAAACAGUGGGACGGAUGACCAACGUCGCUUUCCGACUAGGAAAGGUGCACGCCUUGGGGGAUGUCGUGGUAUUGGAUGUAAAUACCUACGAUGUCCUUUUCGGUCUUCGUGCUCUUGUGGCAUUACUAGCAAACAUAGAUUUCGAGCGACGGUCAAUCAUCCUCCGAAACACGGGAGGAAAACCCUAUGCUGUACCUAUGAGACUGACUCUUCGUACUACCAUCAACGCAGUCCCGCGAGUUUCUCCGAUGAUAGCGGGAACUCUUCGCAUGAUCACAUGGGAAAACUCCGCAGAUGAUGAGCCAUCAUCGAAGGAUGCGGAUAGCAGUGACGAAAAUGAUCCGGAAAUUCUAAGACUAGCACGACAGCGUGUGUACUACCCGCCACCCAGAACGAUCGCAAGAACGAUGCAUCUAACUACUCAGAAGGAACAAAGGACCCAGGCAAUGAUUAUGGGUGAACCCCUCGUACAGAUCUCAAGGAUGGUCGACUCUUUGGAACCCCCUCGAACCCUGUACGAAGAAGCGACUCCUCUUCUCUCACGAUAUAACGAUAAGCGAGCUUUUUGCGACAUCAGGGGCCUACCACGAUCCUUGCUGUCACCCGCAAAAGAAGUACGACUAUUACGCUUGGGGGCGGAAGCCAGUUCUUUGGAAUCCCCUGGGCGUUUCGAGGCUGAAUCAGAGGAACUCGGAGUUAAGAUUGUGACUAAAACCGUACCAUGGCAAGAUCAUAUUUGUGAUGCAAUCACCCCGGAAGGACACGUGGCCAUCCGCGAGGAAGACACUCAGAUGAUGACCACAGUGUUUUCCUGGCGAUCGGACCAUUCAUUUAUCUCUGCGCCACCACCCGAUGUGGCGAAACAAGUGCAUACGAAGCAGAUCGACAUACGGAUCUGGGAUCAGCCUUACGAAUUACACGUUCCACAAUACGUACCUGAUGAGAUUCAUCGUUUGAUUGCGGACAUCCUGACGGAAUAUCAGGGAGCGAUUAGUGUGACGGACACUGACAUCGGCUUGUCAUUGUGGAGACUUUGGCGCAAGCACUUCGUCGAGCUGUCGGUGUGCCUGGUUGGGGUUCGAAUCACGUGGGCAAGGGACGGAGACCAUCGCGAGUGGAGCGAGUACUUGGAGUGGCUGAUUAUCCAGGCCCGACGAACAGACGUGGAGGGCGAUCUUCUUGGAUUCCUGUUCGGAUCGGUGCGGCCCAGCCAUCGCCAGGUCCCACUUGCACAACUAGCCGACGAUCUUCCCCUGGAGAUCGUCUCGCAAAGUGACGAGAACCCGGUCUCGCACGUUCUCACGUGGACCUUGGCGCCGUAUCUUCAGUGGUCAGCGUGCCUGGAGGAGCCGGGAAACAACCGCAACCAGCCAUCGCGGCGGGAUUAUCUGAGCCCACGAGAGAUCAUCAAUCCCGCCUACUUCCGGGAUCGAACGGCGACCGAGGACGAGGCAAUAGAGGCAGAAGAAGAAGCAGAAGCAGAAGAAGAAGAAGAAGAGGAGGCCGACGAGGAAGAAACUCCCGAAGAGGGGAGUUACAGUGAGCACAGCGAAGGGGAACAAAGCCCAGAGGAGGAAGAGGAGGAAGAGGAGGAAGAAGAAGAAGAUCAGGAGGAGCUAGAAGAGUCAAAGUGGGAAGGAUUUGAGGAGGAGGUGCGUACAGAGGCUCAAGCACAGGCCCAAGCGCAGAAGAGAGAGGAGAUCGCAGCCGGAAAGCGACAGCUGGAGUCUGCCAGCGCCGCAGGUCCGCCGACCACCGACGACCCAGGGCGAGAUCCAAAGCCGCCUAAGCCCGAGGAUGGGGACCCCGCUGCCGAGACUUCGACCGCACCGGCAAGGCGACGACGAAGUCCCCCUCCACCACCAACCGUCCACCAGUUUGAGCCCGUACUGAUGCGGGGCAUCGGGCUUCGUCCCCGGUCGUCAGUUGUCGACAUUGGAGAUGCGGCACAGACCACCUGUCGACAUUGCAGAUGCAGCGCAGAAUACCUGUCGACAUUGCAAAUGCGGCGCAGACCACUUGUCGACAUUGCAGAUGCGGCGCAGACCACUGUCUAUUUUGCCGCUAUGGCACCACCUUUUGUCUACACAGUUGACGUGGCAUUGGCCAUGCUGUCUACAACUGACGCGGUGAUGCCAAUCGGGCCUGUCUGUCUUGCUGUUGUGGCCCAGGCCAAUGGCCUACUCUGCUGAGGUGGUGCUGCAACUGGUCUGCAUCGUUGCUGUGGCGCAGACCAUUGGUUUAUAGUGCACUACUGAUGUAGCACUGGCCCCUAUU